AUGGCCGCCAACAUUUACUGUUUGAUCAUUUUUGCAGCAACCUACGCGAAAGCUGCAUUGACUCCAUGCAUUGACGGCUAUGCUGCAUAUUCAAAGAUCCCCGUUAAGAAUAGCGAAGAAAGGGAUUAUUUGAAAGGUCUACUUUUCAAUAAUAUUCAAUCGCCGAGAUACAUCUGCUGGCUAGAGUCUGAGGCGUCAAAGCUUCGUAACUUGCUCGCCAAAAAAUCAAGAUACACACUUACUCAGCUGCUAAAAGAAGCCGAAAUCGAACUGAAAGGGGAUAGAAAAAAGGCAAAAUGGGAUGUUACUAUUAUUCCCAAAGAGGGGAAGCUCACGAAACAGUUGAAAGAUUUGGAGAAGAAGGCAACUGCACUCGGCUGUGCCUCUGGCACUACCUAUGAGGAACGAAAAGAGCUCAUAGUUCAAACAACAACAACCCCAGCGCCAGCGCCGCCUCCACCGCGGAACGUCUUUGCACUGAAUGGUACCGCUAACGCAAUUUGCGAGGAAUACAGAACGCGUGCGUAUGCUUAUGAAGAUAAGGACAACGACGAGGAAAGAAAAAAGUUCCAAGAGGAGCUUUUGAGGCCGAACUAUCCAUACAACUGCUACAUGGAGCAGCAAGCUGCUAUAAUUCGCGAUGUGCUGGAAAGAGAGUUUAAACCAAAAACAAUCAGCCUACUGUACUUAGAAAACGAAGCACUGAAGAUUUUGAGAAAGGAUGUUCAAAAUGAUCCACUAAAGGCUAUCAUAGUUACUAGUAUUCAUGCGUUCUUGGAUUGUGAAAAACGUUGGAGGGCAUACGGAGUCUGGCACGAAACCAACGAGGAGGGGAGAAACGAGGUGCUAAAGUUGAUCUCAAGAAGACAAUAUGACUGCAGUUGCGAGGAGAAAGCCGCUAGGAUUCGCGACAUACUUCUGUUACUUCAAUCAUCCAACAAGUCUGAGCGCUUCAGUCUUUCCCGCCUGCAACUUGAAGCUCAGGAACUGAUACUCAAAAUAAGCGCAAAAGAACAAACGAAAUUUCGCGUCACAAUUAUUCCGAAAGCUAGACUCCCAAAAGAGUUGGUGAUUGUGGCAGAAAAGACAGAUGCUCUUGGCUGCGCCUACAGCGACAACGAGCACAAACAUGAAGAGCCGACCACUACCACUACUACAACAACUACGACGACGACAACAACAGCACCACUACCUCCCAAGCCACCACCACCACCUCCCCCUAAGAAAGCAAAAGCCAAAAAACCUAAAAACAAAAAAGCAAAGAAAUCAAAGGGCAAAAAAUCCUUAAAGAAGAAGAAGAAGCAGAAGACGAAGAAGAAGAAGCAGAAGAAGAAGCAGCAGCAGAAGAAGAAGAAGAAGAAGAAGAAGAAGAAGCCUCAGAAACCAGCAGUGAAACCUCCACCUCCUCCGAUCAAGAUUCCUCCGGUUCAAUCCCAAACUACUACGCCUGUAGUAACCACAUUUCCCACGUUUGAUCUCAAUCAGUCUUACAACUCAACCUAUUACGUGUGCGUUUUCAAAUUGCGAGUCGUAGAAGAAGGAAACAACUUCGCUGAAUGA